CUAAAUGCGAUAUGAUUCAUAUGCAGCUUAAAAAUACGUCAGAUACCGUUAAAAAGCAAACAUUUGAAAAUGAUUUAAACAAGCAUCAAACAGAUGCCGAGUAUGCUUACGAAUAAAAAAAAAGAUAUAGGUACAAGAAGCUUUGCAUGAUAAGUCUAAAUCUGUAUUUACUUUCGAUCUACAGCAAUGCUUGCCCACUCCUGAUAUUCAAACGUCAGUCGUUUUUUAUAAGCGCCAACUAUGGACAUUCAACUUGACGAUUCAUAGGUGUGAGGACAAACAAGUUUUCUGUUAUAUGUGGGACGAAGCCACGGCUGGAAGAGGCGCUAACCAAAUAGCAUCAUGUCUCUAUAAACAGCUGAUAGAUAAUUUAGAUCCAGAAAUAAAAACAUUGACUUUUUAUUCCGACACAUGUGCCGGGCAAAACAAAAAUUCUUUUUUGCCUAUUAUGUUCAUGCUACUUAUGAGAGAAAUAAAAAGUUUAGAAAACAUCAAUCAUAAGUUCUUAGAGCCCGGACAUACGCAUAUGGAAUGCGAUACAGAUCAUUCUAUUAUUGAAAAGAAAAAGAAGAAACAUGAAGCUCCCAUUGAACACCCACGUGAUUGGAUGCAACUUGUACACAUGUGUGGCAAGACAAAACCAUUUAAAGUGAUUGAGAUGAAAAGAAAAGAUUUUCUUGAGUUUUCAGCUUUACUUAAAACGUAUUUCAUAAACAAAAAAAUAAACGAGGCUGGAGAGCAAGUUAUAUGGAGAGAUAUAAAAUGGCUCCGAUAUUCUGCAGAUCAGUUUGGAAUAGUACAAUACAAAACCACUUUAAAAUAUGAAGAACCGUUUAAAAAGAUUGAUUUUAAACGUAAAUCAAAAAUUUCAAUGCCCAAUAUCAUUAAGCCCCCAUUAAGCUAUAAAGGACCUGUCCCAAUUAAUCCAAUGAAAGAAGAAAAUUUAAUUGAACUAUUGCCAUUGUUGAUAAGACCUUUCAUUCAUUUUAUCAAAAUCUUUGUACGAAGGAUAAUAUUCCAAAUGCUCUCCCAUUAAGCGAUGAAGAGUCAAGCG